AUGAGCUGUGUAUAUGAAGUCAAAAACAAAGAUCAGUUAUGCUGUGGUCGCGCUAUCGCAGUGAUGCGGGAGUAUGCGAAACACAAAACAGGUGAACCUAAUUGCUUUGACAAUGUGGCAAGAAAACGCAGCAGUUGAAAAUUGCAAGAGAGCUAUACAAAGCAGCUGGUGUCCAAGAAGGCCCUUGUGGGUAUGCUGAGAUAGAACAAUUUCAGAACUACUUGGGAUCCAAAGUAUACCAACUCAUUGUCGUAGACCCAGUGCGUGGUGGUGUAACAUUUACAGGUGAAGCUUACAAAAAUGCUCCUAAAGUAAUUCAACUGGUGAAAACCUAUUAUGAAGAUGACCAAGGCGAGACCCAGGCACAUUGUGAUGGGUUAUACAGCGUCGCAUCUAUCAUGAACCGCUGCAAAUUUUGUCGUUAUUGCUGCAAAAGGUAUGAUCAUGAAGAUGCCAACCAUCAUAAUUGUUUACAUCGGAAUUGUCCUAGCUGUAUGCGUCGACGAAAUGAUGAUUUUCAAGGAUGUCCUGAUUACACUGGUUGGAUUAACCCUACAAUUACAUGUGCCAAAUGUAACAGACAAUUCUUUGGCGAAGAUUGCUAUCAAGCUCAUCUCCUUCAGCUUAAACAGGAAGAAACAACCAUGGAAAGAGAAAUGCGCAAACAGGUGGAGAUGGAGAACGAUAUUGAGAUAUGGCCCAAGGAAACAUUCAAAAGUGUUUGUGAAAUGUAUUGCAAAUGCAAGACGUGUCUCGUGUCUUUCAAAAAUAAAGAGGGGGUGAAGAACAAAUGUGGUCACGGACAGUGU